AUAAGAAGAGUGAUUGUAUAAUUUUAAAGAGCUUACAAAAGAAAUAAUAAAAUAGUAUGUAUGGCAAUUACAAAAAUGAUUGCCCAUCUAAUAAAUUAAAAAGUUUUAAGUGACUUAGUUGGAUUAGAAUUAUUAUAUAUACUUUUAGAGAGUCCCACUGAAGAUUCUGUAGAAUUAGCAUGUGAUUUUACAAUAGAAUGUGGAUAAGUUAUGAGUGAUAUUGCUCCAUAAAAUGUUUCCACAAUAUUUGAAAGAUUUAAGGGAAUAUUGCAUGAAGGAACUAUAAGUAGAAAAGUUUAAUACAGAAUUGAGUAAUUAUUUGCAACUCGAAAAACUAAAUUUGUUGAUCAUCCAGGAGUUAUUCCUGACUUAGAUUUAGUUGAAGAAGAUGAUUAGAUUACACAUCAAAUAGAUAUAGUUGAUGAAUUAGAUGCAGAGGAUAAUCUAAAUUUGUUUUAGUAUGAUCCAUUUUUUGAAAAAACAGAGAAUGAAUGGGAAGAAAUCAAAAAAGAAAUAUUAGGUGAAGAAAACAUUAUUAUGUUAAAAACUAAAUAAUAAGUUGAUUUUAUGCCUGAGAUAGAAGAGGAAUAAGAAUAAGCUAAAGAUUUUACAGAAAGAGAUCUUUUAAGUUUAAAGAGAGUUAUAUAUUUAACAAUCUAAAGUAGUGUAGAUUAUGAAGAAUGUUUGCAUAAAAUAAUUAAAAUGUAAACAGGGAUUGGUCAUGAAGAUGAAGUUUGUAAUAUGAUUAUUGAUUGUUGUAUGCAAGAAAGAACAUAUUUAAGGUUUUUUGGACUUUUGGGAUAGAGAUUAUGUGAAAUUGCUGAAAUCUUCAGAGAUAAUUUUAUGAAAUGUUUUGUAGAGAAGUAUGCUACCAUGCAUCGUUAUGAAACUGCAAAAAUUAGAAACAUUUCUAAAUUCUUUGCUCAUCUCUUUUUUACAAAUGCUAUUGAUUGGAGAAUCUUAAAAUGUAUAUCAUUGACAUAAGAAAGUACUACCUCAUCAGGUAGAAUUAUGAUUAAAUGCUUAUUCUUGGAAUUAGCUGAAAAUAUGAGUUUGCCUGUAUUAAAAUCAAAAUUGAUGGAUCCAGAACUCAAAGAUUAUCUUGCAGGUCUAUUCCCAGUUGAUCAUCCAAAAAAUACAAGAUUUUCUAUUAACUUUUUCACUAGUAUUGGAUAAGGUUUAUUAACAGAAGAGUUGAGAUAGAUAUAUGAAUAGUAAAACAAAAUAGAAUUUUAGCAUGCUCAAGAAGUAAUUGAAAUAUUUUAAUUUAUAGGCUUUAAAAUAAUUUGGAACUUCUGCUGAAGAAGAUAGUGAGAGUGAUGAAAGUGAUAGUAGUGAGGAUUCAUCAUCAGAUGAUAGCAGUGACAGUGAUUCAUCAAAGAAUAAAUAAAAAAAGACUCAACAAGAUAAAAAAAAAAAGGAAGAUGAAGAUAAUAAGGCUCCAAUUAAUAGUGCUAAAGAAAAAACAAAAGAUAAGGAAAGAGGAAAAUUAAAAGAAAAGGAGAAGUAGAGAGAAAAGGAAAAAGAAAGAGAAAAGGAGAAAGAAAGAGAAAGAGAAAAAGAAAAAGAGAAGGAAAGAGAAAAAGAAAAAGAAAAAGAAAAGGAAAGAGAAAGGGAGAAAGAAAGAGAAAGAGAGAAAGAAAGAGAAAGAGAGAAGGAAAGAGAAAGAGAAAGAGAGAAGGAAAGAGAAAGAGAAAGAGAAAAAUAAAAGGAAAGAGAAAGAGAAAGAGAAAAGUAAAAAGAAAAAGAAAAAGAAAGAAAACGAGAAAAGGAGAGAGAAAGAGAAAGAGAAAGGGAGAAGGAAAAAAAAUAAAAAGAAAAAGAAAAAAAGGAUCAGAAAAAAAAAAAUAAAAGUCCAAGUCCUAGUCCUAGUCAAAGUGAAAGUUUAAGUGAUAGUAGAAGUAGAAGCAGAAGCAGAAGUAGAAGUGCAAGUGCUAGCAGUAGCUAAAGUAGUAGCAGUAGCAGCGAAAGUAAACCUUAGCAUAAAAAACAUAAAUGA